UUAAUGUAUCAAUAUAUGGCUGGAAAUAAAUCUGGGCGACGAAGAAGAGCUGGUGAACAAUAUCUUGAGGAAUUUCGAAUUCGCUUCUGGGAGAGUUCACCAAAGUACUAUUUUCUUGAUGGUACGAUACAGAAACGCCAUUUGAUGUGGUUCAUAAUACAAACGUUGCCACAAGACGUGCUCAAGAAAGGUGCCGUAACCGUACUCCGCCACCAACUAAUGAUCAAUGCUAAGUGCGAGUCGUUGUGGAUCUUCCGCAGGUCAAAGGGAGAAUAG